AUGCAUCGGGGCAUGAUUGUCUUGGGGUUGCCUGCUAUUCUCGACUCCUCCCGUGACACUCCACGUGCGGCGUGGCGGCCUCUUGUGGCCGUGCUUGCUUCACGCGUGUCUUGUUCGGACAGCACAUCGAGACGGGCGCCUGGUGGGGAUUUUUUUUCUCGGUCUCUUGCCGCGGCAGCGCGGUUGGCCAAAUGGCGUCAGGAUGCAAACGAGGCAGAAGAGGACAGCUGGGCCUGGCUGGUGCAUGGAACCAUGUACAGGCUGGACAAACAGUGCAAUCAAAGGCGCGGUGGUGCUGGUCUGGUGCAUGGUGUCAAUACUACAUAUGCAUCUACUUACCGUGAGGUGAUGCGGCACCAAAUUGACAAGGCGGGAAGUCAAGAUUAG